AUGGCUCAAGCAGCGAGAUUAAACAUGAGAAUGCAAAAGGAACUGAAGCUUCUUCUCUCCGAUCCACCUCACGGCGCUUCGUUUCCACACCUCUCUUCCGCCGCCGCUGGAUCCGGCGAUUUCUCAACCUUCUCCACCAUCGAUGCUCAUAUCGAAGGUCCUGCAGAUACUGUAUACGCUAAUGGAAUCUUCACCGUGAAGAUUCAAAUCCCUGAGAGAUACCCAUUUCAGCCUCCGAUUGUGUCUUUUGCUACUCCGAUUUAUCACCCAAACAUCGAUAACAGUGGCCGGAUUUGCCUUGACAUCUUAAAUCUCCCUCCCAAGGGUGCUUGGCAACCAUCUUUGAAUAUCUCGACGGUUUUGACGAGCAUCGGAUUGUUGCUGAGUGAACCGAAUCCUGAUGAUGGUUUGAUGUGUGAAGUAAGCAGGGAGUAUAAGUACAAUAGACAAACUUUUGAUUAUAAGGCACGAGAGAUGACCGAGAAGUAUGCAAAGGUUAAGGCUGAUGGAAGCAGCACCAGCCUCCAGAUUCAGGACAGUCCAAAUACAGUCGAGGUUAAGAGUCAUGGAGAUGAGAAGGUUUCCGAUGGUAUUAAGCUGAAGAUAACACUGGACCGUGACGCUAGUAUAUCGAAUAAACAACUGCUUCUCUCAAAUUCUGGAGAUGAACAAAAGGGUGGAAAUGGGAAGAGAAAAGCCGAGAUUGGUUUCUGCGAGGCGAACACAUGUGGUAAUGACGGAUUAAAAGCGAGCAGGAAGAAAUUAUCUCUUGUUUUGCCUCCUCAAUCUCAAAAGAAAGACUUGUGUGGUGAAGAACUCAUCACAAAUGGAGUUUCAGCUGCUUGCAAAGAAAACAAGAAACCACAUUCACAUGGAAAGAAGCUUUCUCUGGGGCUGAAGCAGCCGUUUAAAGAAGAAAGAGAUAUCAGCAAAUUGGAUAAAGCAGCAAGUGUUACGAAGAGUGACAACAACAAUAAACUAAGCCGUAAACUAUCCUUGAGACCCCGUGGAGAGUCGCUGUCGAAUGAAGUUACCAAAACCGAGGUACUUGCUCAAACUGUAAUGGAACCGGAAACGAAUCAAAACCAAGAUGCUGUUGAGUUUGAGAACUCGGGCUUAGAAGAAACAUUAAUGUCUGAAUCCAUUGUUGUUCUAGACAGUGAUGAAAGUGGAGAAGAAGAAGAAGAAACAACAGUCUCUUCGAAGUCAAGAUUAUCAUUUGCAAGGAGAGGCCUUAAGUCUAGACCUUGA